UCUGCCCUAGAUCACGUUUGCCACCGGCAGCCAACCAGUCAAGCCCAAGUCGGCGGGGAAGUAGCGAUUGGGGGCGAGUGAGCUCAGUCCCAGAGUCCCCGGUCCGGGUACCACCCUCCGCUCCGGGCCCGAAGCGGUAUAUCCUGCCCACCCCGGCCACCUCCCUCUCGUGGAAGCGGAGCGGCGGCCUCGCGGUAACACAGGCGAAAUGUAGCGAGCCGGGGGUCGCGGCUGGACGCUCGCCUUGGCUGGGGGUGUGGAGGGGAGCACGCCAGGGGCCGAGGAGGACUGCCGAGGAGGAGGAGUGAUGAGAAGAGGGGGUACCCUGCAUCCCCCGAGACCACGGGUCCUUUCUGCCAUUCGCCAGGCGCCCCCUUUCCUCCCAUGCGAGGUGCAGGUGUUCCACACAGGUUCCUGUGACUUUAAGGACCAGCGAUUUGGGGAGGUACAAGAUCUUCCCAGGCAGGGAGGAAAUCUCUGGAAGAUUCUGCCCUGGGACCAGCAAAGCCUGAGGAGCAGUGGGAAGCCCAAGGACCCCAGCAACAAGAGUGGGAAGGAGCCGCAGCGCCAGGCUGAGGUUGUGUUCUGAAAGAUUGAACUCAAGCUACUGUUCGUGGAAGAGGGGCCACCUCAAAGGGUACCUCAGACUUGGCUGGGCUUUUCUACUCUGGAUGCCCCCUCCUCUGAGGAACCUGCUGCUGAGAACCAAAGAUAAGAGGCCAGAUAACUCUCCCCUGAGCACAGCAUAGGCCGACUGGAGUCAGACGUCUGCACUCCUAGUGGCUGGCCACUGUGUCUGGUGAGGAGUUCUUGUUUCCUUCCAGCUUGUGGCUUCAGUGCUUGAUGGGGCUGCCUGUUGGUGGAUCAGCUUUUGCAGUGCCUGGUGGGAGCGGAGAGCUGUGGGAAGAGGUUCCACGGCACCCAAGCCUGAGCUCACCCCGAGACUAAGUUCUUUUCCAAGUUAGAGAGGGAGAGAGAAAGUGAAAAAAGAGAGGAGAGUGCCCCCUUCCCCUCCUUCCUACCCGUCAUGUCCUCCAAGCCAGAGCCAAAAGACGUCCACCAGCUGAACGGUACUGGCCCCACUGCCUCACCCCGCCCUGCAGAUGGCCCCGGGCGAGAACCCUUGGCCGGGACCUCGGAGUUCCUGGGGCCUGACAGCACUGGGGUCGAGGUGGUGGUGAUUGAGUCUCGGGCCAACGCCAAGGGGGUGCGGGAGGAGGACGCCCUGCUGGAGAACGGGAGCCAGAGCAAUGAAAGUGACGACGUCAGCACGGACCGUGGCCCCGCACCACCCUCCCCGCUCAAGGAGACCUCCUUUUCCAUCGGGCUGCAAGUGCUGUUUCCCUUCCUCCUAGCAGGCUUUGGGACUGUGGCUGCCGGCAUGGUCUUGGACAUCGUGCAGCACUGGGAAGUCUUCCAGAAGGUGACAGAGGUCUUCAUCCUGGUGCCUGCGCUGCUGGGGCUCAAGGGGAACCUAGAGAUGACCCUGGCAUCGAGGCUCUCCACCGCAGCCAACAUCGGGCACAUGGACACACCCAAGGAGCUCUGGCGGAUGAUCACCGGGAACAUGGCCCUCAUCCAGGUGCAGGCCACAGUGGUGGGCUUCCUGGCGUCCAUCGCAGCCGUUGUCUUUGGCUGGAUCCCUGAUGGUCACUUCAGCAUCCCGCAUGCCUUCCUGCUGUGUGCCAGCAGCGUGGCCACGGCCUUCAUCGCCUCCCUGGUACUGGGUAUGAUCAUGAUCGGUGUCAUCAUUGGCUCUCGUAAGAUUGGGAUCAACCCAGACAACGUGGCCACCCCUAUUGCUGCCAGCCUGGGCGACCUCAUCACCUUGGCGCUCCUCUCAGGCAUCAGCUGGGGACUCUACCUGGAGCUGGAGUACUGGCGAUACAUCUACCCUCCGGUGUGUGCCUUCUUCGUGGCCCUGCUGCCUGUCUGGGUGGUGCUGGCCCGGCGGAGCCCAGCCACAAGGGAGGUGUUGUACUCUGGCUGGGAGCCUGUCAUCAUUGCCAUGGCCAUCAGCAGUGUGGGAGGCCUCAUCUUGGACAAGACUGUCUCAGACCCCAACUUUGCAGGGAUGGCUGUCUUCACACCGGUGAUUAAUGGUGUUGGGGGCAAUCUGGUGGCGGUCCAGGCCAGCCGCAUCUCCACCUUCCUGCACAUGAAUGGAAUGCCGGGGGAGAACUCUGAGCAAGCCCCUCGCCGCUGCCCCAGUCCUUGUACCACGUUCUUCAGCCCUGAUGUGAAUUCUCGCUCGGCCCGGGUCCUCUUCCUCCUUGUGGUUCCAGGACACCUGGUGUUCCUCUACACUAUCAGCUGUAUGCAGGGCGGGCAUACCACCCUCACACUCAUCUUCAUCAUCUUCUACAUGACAGCUGCACUGCUCCAGGUGCUGAUUCUCCUCUACAUCGCAGACUGGAUGGUGCACUGGAUGUGGGGCCGGGGUCUGGACCCGGACAACUUCUCCAUCCCGUACUUGACAGCUCUGGGGGACCUGCUUGGCACUGGGCUCCUAGCACUCAGCUUCCAUAUUCUCUGGCUCAUUGGGGACCGAGACACGGAUGUCGGGGACUAGUUUGGUCACUCAGUCUUCUCUCCACCCCCCUGCACUUUCUAUCUGAAAUUGUUCUUUUGUUCCCAUUCCCCCCCUCCACUCCACACUCCCACCUCUUUCUGGGACUUCACUUUGAUACUGAAUUCUCAUUAUUUUCAAUGGGAAUUUUUAUACAUUGAGCCAAGUUUAUAUAGCAGGAAAUCAGGAAGGACAGAUGGACUGAGAUAAGCAGUGCAAGAGACAAUCACCAAGUGCAGUUUCAUGGUGGGUGCCUCCAGGUGGAUUGAGGCAUGGGGUAUUCUGUCUGGGAUCUGGGGACGUUUGGGUUUAGUUUUAGCAACCUCAGUCUUGGCCCUAAUGAGAAACCCUUUGUGAGUGGGCUCUGGUUUUUGGUUUCUUCUUUCCUUUUUUUUUUUUCUUUUUCCUUGUUGAACAGAAGGAGAAAUAUCACUGCCCCCAACACAUGCUCUUCUAGAAGUGGACCAAUCUCAAAGCACUGGGCAGGAGACAACUGCUUCUGGCCACCUAUAAUCCUAGCCCUAUCCUCUGCCCUAUGGACUUAGGCCCUCCUGUGCUUAGAAAGAGUAAGGUGGACUGACUAGGCAAAUUGUGGACAUGCCUCUUACCUGACUGCCUGAUAAACACCACCAACCCUUCCUCUGAUCUUUGUCCAGUUGAUGCCACAUCCCGGAGGAAUGAGCAGUGGCCUGGUCCCCCCAUUGACCCAAGUCCACCCAUAGGUUUGCCAAGAUCCACAUUCUCCCCAGGCCCAAAGGACUGAUUAUUUGUUUCUGUUCAACCUUCAUCUCUAAAAUGUCUCUAAGCACUACUUUCCCCAGAGCUUGCUAGGUUGGAUUCCGAAAUUAGGGACUGAGUGUGGAGAUGUGGAGUAUGAUUGGGAGGUUGAGGGCAACCAGGGGUGAUUAAUUGCUGCUGUUUCUCCUAAGGACAUAAUCAUGUGUAGUCACCUUGGACUCUGUCACAUCCUAAAACCACUUAUUCUGUCAUGUCAUGGAAGUGAGAUUUCCUCUUCCUUGCCUUCUGCCCACAAACAUCGUUCAUUCAGUCACUCAUUCAACACAUACACAGCCUCCUCCAAGGUGAGCUUUUCUCAAGGCAUGAUCUGAAACAUUCAUUGAGCAAUAUUUAUUGAGUGCCUACUAUGUGUUAGGUACUGUGUGGGGCACUGACAGUCUAGUCGUAAGGGAAACACAGCUCCAACUUCGUCUCAUUCCCCAGAUUACGAAGGCAGUGAACCCCUUUCAAUCUGACAGUUUCCUCGUAAGUGUUUGAGUCUAUAUCACCAGGCCAGGUUCUGCCUCUUCCUCCUUCUUAGAUCCCACCUCUGCAAUGCUGACCACGAGAGCCCUUAGCCCCAUUUCUCAACCAAUGGUCAUUUCCCGAAACUACCCUGCCUUCCUCUCCCUUACUGCCACUUCUCCUCACCAGGCACCCAAAACAGGAUUCAGAACUAGUGGGCUGGACAUCAACCAGCUGUGUCUACUCUUCCCUGCCUGGCAUAAGAUGAGGAGGAAGCUGGAACCUCUGCAUCUUCCCCCAUAUAUUCCUCUGAACAGAUUGGAAAUUUGCCCACACUCACACGUGUACAAAUCUGGGCAUUUGGGUGCAGGCCUUUUCUAGCCUUUCUGUUAGAAGUCUCCCCUCUGUAGCUAAAGGUCCCACCUCCAAGGGAAGGCUUAGGCAAUGACCCUAUCUCCUAUCAAUGCCAUGCCUUCACCCAGGGACUUGCCCGAUACCUCCUGAGACUCUUCUCUCCCUCCAUUCCCGCCCACGCCACCUUGUGGAGUCGUAGAACCUUGGAACUGAAAGGCAUCUUAGAGGUUAUCUGCUAGAGUUGUGUCUGACGGAGUUAAUGAACAGCAGCCUGGGCUUGUUUCUGCUCUUCCCUCAGGCCUUCUUUCAUCUUGUCCUCAACCUCAAAACACACUUGCACACAGACUUUUCUUGUACAGGCACCAAAACCAACUCCUCUCGCCCUGAGACUGUGCCCUAUGAUCUUCAGGCCCCCUCCCCCAGUCACUCCCCUCCCCAUCUCUGCAGUUUGGCCAGGCUGUCCGGAGGACUGUGAAAUGUCCUUUGUCUAAAAAGCAGAAAGGUAGGCGUGCCCCAGGUCCAGAGUGUGUGAGCAGAAAGGGGACUGGGGCGAGGGGGAGAGAAAAUGACUUCCAUGGAAGACUCAUUUCUAUUCCCGAUUGCACAAACUCCAUGUACUUUUGGCCUGGCCGCAAGGAGGGAUAUUGGUUUACUCUUGUAUCCUUAAAAAGUUACAGAACUGUAUCUUAAGAGAAUUAUUUAUAGUUACUAUAACUGAAUUGACAAAUGUCAACUGAUAAAUUAUAUUUGGUAAAAUAAAGAGGACGUUUAUUUAGGUGGUUGGUGGUUCCUGUGUGCCUCUUCAGAAAGUCACAUCCACUCUUGUGUUCGACCCCCCUGCUGUCCCCACGCUCUCCUCGCUCAGAGGUGGAAAGGGGCCAAAGUGUGACAAGGACUGAAACGUCUCUUAAAUACAGAGAUCGUGUGAGAGAAAACACACGUUAAUCAGUUACUGAGAGUGAUUAAUGGUACCCUGGGGUCUCCACAAGCAGCCAAAUGCAGAGUCCUUGCUCUCCAGGAGGUUACAUUCUGGUCUCACACACUGCCUCCGCGCUGGUUGCGGCAUUGUCCUAGGGAUAUGAGUGUGAGUUAAGAUUCCCUCCUUCCAGGGGCUUACAGUCUGUUUGGAUCAAAACAAUAAUAAAUAAUAAUAGCUAUUCUUGGUGAAUCAGGAGCCCUGAUGGCAAAGUGGUUGAA